CUGAGAAACAAGAUUCUAUGACAAACACUUGUUUUUUUAUUUUAGUUUUUUUUUGGAUAUUAUUCAAUUAUUUAGUCAGACUAUUUCAAAAUGGAGUAAUUGACAAUGUCACAUAGAAACAUUCGUGAAGCUUGCUAUUGACUUUUGCGGAGUCAAUGAUCUUGAUCUUGAUCCUCUCUCAAUCUUUCGUAUAACUUUUCAGAGUAAAAGUCUUUGUUGAUCUUGAUCAUCCCUCAAUCUUUAUGCUAAUGGAUUCUUCUUUUUUCCUUACCAUUCUUGUUGCUGCAAUAAGCUUCUUCAUCUUUCUUAUAAAGUUCCGGAUCUAUCAAGAAAACAAAGAUGGGGGUUCUUCUUCUACAUCUCCUCCAUCCACGUUGUCUUCUUUAACAUCUCCUCCGUCUUCUUUGUCUUCUUCAACUUCUCCUUCAUCUUCUUUGUCUUGCACCGGGACUCACCAUGUCUUUGCGAGCUUCCGUGGGGAAGACGUUCGCAGAAAAAUUUUAAGUUACAUUCAACAGGAGUUUCAAAGAAAAGGAAUCAUUCCGUUCAUUGAUAAUGAGAUCAAGCGAGGAGAAUCCAUUGGUCCUGAACUCAUUAAGGCCAUUAGAGAAUCUAAGAUCGCGAUUGUCUUACUCUCGAGGAACUAUGCUUCUUCAAAGUGGUGUCUUGACGAAUUGGUGGAGAUUAUGGAAUGCAAGAAAAAGUUUGGUCUAACAGUGUUUGUAGUUUUCUAUGAAGUUGAUCCAUCCCAUGUUAAGAAGCUGACCGGAGAAUUUGGAGCUGUCUUUCAGAAAACUUGUAAGGGUAGAACAAAGGAGGAGAUUUGGAGAUGGAGACAAGCUUUUGAGGAAGUGGCUACAAUUGCUGGUUACGAUUCAAGAGACUGGUUCGUCUACUUUGCUCUUAAUCUUUCAAUAUAUCAAACUAAAUGUAUUAAUCUCUCUGUUUUUUUGGUAGGGAAAAUGAAGCUGCCAUGGGUUGAUGGUUUCGAGGAUCUUGCUUGGAAAGUGACAAGACUUGCUGGUAGGCUCCCUUUGGGACUUAGGGUUAUGGGUUCUCGUUUAAAAGGAAUGUCCAAGGAAGAGUGGAAAGCGGAACUACCAAGGUUAAGGGUUCGCCUUAACGGAGAUAUAUGGAGCAUUUUAAAGUAUAGUUAUGAUGCCUUGGACGACGAAGACAAAGAUUUAUUUCUCUAUAUAGCCUGCUUUUUCAACGAUGAAAGCAUUGAUCAUACCUUUGAGGAUACUUUUAAAAAUAAUUUCUCGAACGUGCAGCAAGGGUUUCGGGUUUUAGUUCAAAGAUCUCUCAUAUCCGAGGAGAGAUAUCAACCGAUGCAUAAUCUACUAGUUCAAUUGGGUAGAGAAAUUGUGCGUAAGCAAUCCAAUGAGCCUGGGAAACGUCAAUUUUUAGUUGAUCCUAGGGAUGUUUGUGAAGUACUCACUGAUCAUACAGGUAGUGAAAGUGUUGUAGGCAUAAGUUUGGAAGUUUAUGAGAACAUAGACAAACUAAAUAUAAGUGAGAGAGCUUUUGAAAAAAUGUCUAAUCUUCAAUUUUUGAGAAUCUUUAAAGGAAGAUGGCACUUACCACAAGUUCUAAACAAUCUACCUCCAAAUCUUAGAAUUCUAGAAUGGGAUGAUUAUCCAAUGUCAUGUUUGCCUUCUAAGUUUAAUCCGGAGUUCCUUGUCAAGAUAUUAUUGAAAGGCAGCAAGCUCGAGAAACUGUGGGAAGAAAAUCAACAGCGGCUUAUCAAUCUCAAGGUGAUGGAUUUACGCUAUUCAGAAAAUUUGAAGGAGCUUCCUAAUCUCUCAAAGGCCACUAAUCUCGUACAACUGAAUCUCAUGGGAUGCUCAAGUUUGAUAGAGCUUCCUUACAUAUAUAUUGGAAAUGCUACUAAUAUCCAAAGCUUAAAUCUAACAUAUUGCUCAAGCCUGGUGGAGCUUCCCUCCUCUGUUGGAAAUAUAAUUAAUCUCCAGGAAUUAUCUAUUGGAAACCUAGUGGAUCUUCCUUCAUCUAUUGGAAACCUCCGUAUGUUGAAGACGUUGUGUUUGCAAGGAUGCUCAAAGGUAAAGGUUCUUCCCAUCAACAUAACCUUGGAUUCUCUAGAAGAACUUGAUGUCACUGGUUGCUCGCAAUUGAAAAGUUUUCCUGAGAUUUCUACAAACAUUGAAAGCCUUAUGCUCUGUGGAACUUUGAUAAAAGCAUUUCCUUUGUCGAUAAAGUCAUGGUCUCGACUUCAUGACUUGCGUAUAACAUAUUGCGAAGAACUUGAAGAAUUCCCACAUGCUCUUGACAUCAUCACAGAACUGGAGUUAAACGAUACAGAAAUAGAAGAAGUUCCUGGAUGGGUCAAUGGAAUGUCUCGUUUACGUCAACUUGUACUCAACAAAUGCACGAAGUUGGUAUCACUCCCGCAGCUUCCAAAUUCCUUAUCAAUUUUAAAUGCAGAAUCAUGUGAGUCCUUGGAGACACUUGCUUGCUCCUUUCCUAAUCCCAAAGUUUGUCUCAAAUUUAUUGACUGCUGGAAACUGAAUGAAAAAGGGAGAGACAUCAUCAUCCAGACAUCGACAAGUAGUUACGCGAUCUUGCCAGGUAGAGAAAUUCCUGCGUUCUUCGCUUACCGAGCUACUACUGGAGGUUCUGUGGCAGUGAAGUUUAAUCAGAGGCGUCUUCCUACAUCUUUUAGAUUUAAGGCUUGCAUCUUGCUGGUUUACAAGGGUGAUGAAGCUGAUUACGCGGAAUGGGGGUCAGUAUAUCUUACCAUCGUAGACAAACAGAGUGGUCGCGAGUAUGGAUUUGAAACCAAAUAUCGAAGUCCAUAUUUAACGGAGCAUCUGUACAUAUUCGAAAUGGAAGUUAAAAAUGUGGAAUCCAGAGAGAUUUUCUUAAAGUUCGGAACCCACAGUAGCAUAUGGGAGAUAGGUAAAUGCGGGAUACGCCCACUCUUGGAGGACGACACUCACGUCGAAGGUUCUAUAUAAUGACAUGAUUGUACUGUAUAUAUGUUUGUAACACAGUUUCCUUCUUCUCUCUUAUUGUUCUUUCACUGUUUCAAAUUUUGUAACGGUUGGUAUUCAAACCGGAAUCAUUAAACAUGUCUCUACAGUGAGAGAUCAACCAAAGUUAAGUCGGAUUCAGUGUCUUGGUUGACUAAUACAGGCUUAAUCCCUCAUCAACAAUAUAAAU